CAAGAAAAGAACAAAGCCUCACCAAACCACUCUACACAUUCACCAUGGCUGACACAGCCAAGAUCCAAGAACUGCUGGCAAAGCCACGCAACGACCUCACCGAAUUUGAGGUCGCCGCUCUCGAGCAGCACGAAUUCACCAGCGGCCCGCUCUCGAUCCUGCAGACGGCAGUGCGCUCGCACUCGCAGGUGCUGAUCUCGUGCCGCAACAACCGCAAGCUGUUGGCGCGCGUCAAGGCUUUCGAUCGCCACUGCAAUAUGGUGCUUGAGAAUGUGAAGGAGAUGUGGACGGAGACGCCGAGGUUGGCGGGUGGAAAGAAGGGAAGGCCGGUGAAUAAGGAUCGCUUUAUCAGUAAGAUGUUCUUGAGAGGAGAUUCAGUCAUUCUCGUCCUACUCAGUUGAGCGGAGAGUUUCGCGUCGGUGGUUUUGAAAGGUUCAUAUGGGUCUAUUGGUUGGCUUGGGGUUCAUCAUAUCAUAAGAUUUCCGGGUUAGGACCAAACGGGGCGUUAUACAAAAAGUUGAUGAAAUACAGUCCAUGACA